AUGCGACUCGAUCCUAUUGUCGCCCCUGGCCGCGUUGCCGGUCACGUUCACACUAUUUCGGGUGGAGCUGCUUUCGCUCCUACGAUGACUUACGAGGGGAUGCGAGCAUCAAAAUGCUCCUCGUGUACUAUCAAGGAAGACAUGUCGAACUACUGGACGCCUCAGCUGUAUGUCAAGUUUAAGAACAGCACGUUCUUGCCGGUGCCCCAGAUUGGCGACCCAGAAGACACUACUGGCGGUAUGGCGGUGUACUACCUCCAACGCCGCGGCAAUGAUCCAAACGAGAAACUCCACGCCUUCCCUGAAGGUUUCCGCAUGCUCGCCGGCGAUACGUCCGCACGCAGCUUCGGUAACAAUUCUGCCGCCAAAGCCGUCUCUUAUAGUUGUCUCGGUGGCCCAGGCCUCCCUGAGACAAACAACAUGCCGAACUUCAACUGUCCUGGCGGUCUGCGCGCACAAAUCUUCUUCCCAGCAUGCUGGAAUGGAAGAGACCUCGAUACCCCGGACCACAAGUCUCACAUGGCUUAUCCCGUAGGCAGCGAGUAUAACACCGGCGCCUGUCCACCAGACUUUCCCGUGCAUAUGAUUUCUCUCUUCUUUGAAGUCCUUUACGACACCGCGCCCUUUCUUGACCAAUGGGACGGAGAUCAGCACCCGUUCGUCUUCUCGCAGGGCGAUACAACCGGCUACGGAUACCACGGCGACUUCCUGAACGGAUGGGACGUGCCGACGCUGCAGCGCGCCGUCGACACCUGCACCGAUGACUCCGGGCUUGUCGAGCGCUGUUCUGCCGUCACGCAGUUCACCUACGAAGAGUGCCUGUCCUGCCGCAUUCACGAGGGCGUCAAAGAGACCAACGACGGCCUCCUCACCAAACUUCCCGGCUGCAACCCUGUCACCCACGGACCCCAUCCCUCAGCCCCGGGCCAAUGCACCGACAACGUCGCCCUCGGCAUCCGCAAAACAAACUACGUCGACCUCACCACCACCAAGCAGUGGUCCUACGUCGGCUGCGGCCGCGACAACAUCGCCGACCGGGCCUUCCCAGGCCCCUCGUACAGCCGUGCCGCCGCCACAGUCGAGAUGUGCGUCGACUUCUGCGCCGGCCAGGGCUACACAUACGCCGGUCUUGAGUACAGCAGAGAGUGCUUCUGCGCGAACGCGCUGCGGCCCGAGUACGCGCCCAGGGACGGCUUCAUGGGCAACUGCGUGGCCAAGUGCGCGGGGAAUCCGGCGCAGACGUGUGGCGGGUCGGCCGCGAUGAGUAUUUAUCGUGCGUGUGGCGGGGGUGAGUGUCGGAAUAAUGAGCAAUUUGGGGCGGCGCCGGUGAUGCAGGCGAGGGGUUUGAUUGUUGAUGCGCCUGAGCAGCAGGUAAGGUCCCAUGCGAGGGAGAUUUUUGGGGCUUGA